GGCUAACUGCUACUUAAUUUUAACAAUUAAGUUGCUUAUGUGUCUUAUUUUAAGAAUCAAGUCACACAGUCAAAGUUGUUUAAAGAUUAUGUAUCUUAAAGAACUAUAUGGAGAACCCUAUAAAAUUCUCUUGCUUCUUGAACAUUGAAAUUCAUUCAACGAAACUCUAACUCUGAACACUUUUAAAUAUGCUUGCAAAGAUGUAGUUUGAUUUGUAUAUUUUUUAUUCCUUGUGGUGGUUUAGUUAAUAUUUUAUAUUGCUAAUUGUAGUGUUUAACAAGUAUUUUAUUCUUAACAUACAAAGUGGAAAAAUAUUAUGAUUAAUCACAAUAAAUUUUCCUAACAAUUAUUAAAAUUAAUUAAAAAUUAUUAAAUAAAUUUAUAUUUAUAUUUUUUUCUUUUUCUUUUCUUAUUUUUUUUUCUUUUCCUCCUUUUUCUUUUUCUUUUUCACUUUUACUUCUUUUCUCUUUUCUUUUUAUUCUUCCUCUUUCAUCUCCCUUCUACCAUAAUUUUUAUUUUUCUCUUUUCUUUAUUCUUUUUCCUUUUUCCUUUUUUCUAUUCUUCCUUCUUCCUUAUUCUUCAUCUAUCUUCCUUCUUACACAUCCACAUCCACCACAUCUAUAGUAUUAAAAAGUCUAAUGUGUAAAAAAAUAAUACUACUAAUUUAGUUUUAAGAUAGGACUAUACAUCUUACUAUACACACACCUUUUUUUCUCGACCACACUCUUUUUUCUUGUUUUAGUUUAGGUGGUGGAAGAAGAUUGAAGAAGAAGAAAAAAAAAAUGAAAUGGAAAAAAAUUUGAGGAAGAAGAAAUGUAUGAGGGAAGAAAGAAAAAAGAGAAAAGAAUAAGCUUAGAGGAGAAGUUAAAAAAACAAUGGAAAAGAAACAAAAAAAACCAUAGUGAAGUUGAAGAGAACAAGGGAAGAAGGAUAGAUAUAUUUAUGAAUUCUAGCUUGACAAUAUAACAGAUAUAAUUAUUAUAUGGCUUCAAGUACCUUGCUUAUUGGUGAGCCUGAUUCUAACAGCACUACAGGCAUGGAUUCCAUGGUGUUCCAAGCUGCAGCCAAUGGAGAAAUCCAAGUGUUGAAGAAUAUUGUAGUCAACAACCAACUCUGCCUUGACCAAUUAUUGACCCCAGAAAAGAAUACAGUUGUCCAUGUCAAUAUCAUUGCUUCAAAAAGUAGUACAAUGUCCUUCUUGGAAGGGAUAUUGGAGAUGUGUCCACAACUGUUGUUGCAAACCAAUUCAAGAGGAGAGACUCCUUUACACUUGGCAGCAAGGUACGGCCAUGAUCUUAUUGUUGAGUUUCUUAUUAAUCGUGCUAAACUGCUUGAAAGGUCCGAUCUUGAGAAGGCCACCUUAGGUGUGGAUGGUCAUGGUAUGAUGAGGCAGAGAAACAAGGAAAUGGACACUGCUUUGCACGAGGCUGUGAGGUUCAACCAUCUUAAGGUUGUAAGGAUUUUGACUAAACAAGACCCUCAUUUCACACAUUUGGCUAAUGAAGCAGGAGAAACACCACUUUACAUGGCUGUGGAGGCAGAGUACUUGGAUUUGGUUGAUGAAAUACUAAACAAUUGCUCCUCACCACCCACUACUGGCCCUUAUGGCAGAAAUGUACUCCAUGCUGCAAUUAUAACUGAAAACACAGGUCUAACAAGAAAGAUUUUGGAGAACAUAUUAGAUCUGACCAAACACGCAGAUAAGGAUAGUUUGAUUCCUCUGCAUUAUGCUGUGAUGCCUACUCCGAGUAAUAAUUUGGAGAUUGUGAAGAUGUUGUUAGAAAAGGAUGAAAGCAGUGCCUAUUUCAAAGAUAAAAAUGGCACUACAGCUCUUCACAUGGCAGCUUCUAACCCUUUUGGAGGUUAUGAAAUAGUGAAGGAAAUUCUUUCGAGGUGUCCAGAUAGCUAUGAAGUUGUUGAUGAUGAAGGCAAGAACUUGCUACACUAUGCUGUGAGGAAACAAUCUCCUUCCACAUUAAAACUCAUAUUAGAUCAUUCUUCACUACUCAAUAAUUACCUUUUAAAUAGAAAAGAUAAUGAAGGAAAUACCCCAUUGCUUCAUGUGUUUGCCACUUCAACAAAAUAUACAGAAAAGAAUUUUGAAGCUUUGAUGUCCCACCCAAAAGUGAAUAAGAUGUUAUUCAACCAACAAAACAAAAAUAUUCAUGACAUAGCCCAUGAUCUCUAUAAUGUUCAUUACCAUGAAUUCAACAAGAGAGAAUUAUCAAAAAUCUUCAAAGAAAACCCCACAAUAAAGAGCUGUUUGAGAAAGUCAAUUUCCAAAGACGACAAACAAAUAUUGACCGAUACUGAGAAGAGAAAGCUUGAGCAAAAAGAAAAAUUAAGGACUAGAAUCGCAAACUACAGAGAGUCUACUUUGGUUGCGGCUGCAUUGAUUGCGACGGUGACAUUCACAGCAGGACUUACAUUACCGGGAGGUUACAUAAGCGACGAUAAUAAGGUUGGACAUGGACAACAACAAGGUAGUGCUGUUCUUAGGAAUAAUGCAGCAUUUCAAGCCUUCAUGGUGACAGACGCAAUAGCCUUGGUCCUUUCUAUUACGGCUGUUUUUAUCAACCUCUUGCUUACUAUAGCAUCUUCUGGUGAUGAACGUGCAAAUAAGGAGUUUGUAUCUAACUACAACAUGUCUAUGAAUUUAACAAUAUUGGCCUUGGGAUUCAUGAUGAUAGCAUUUGUUACUGGCACCUAUGCAGUAUUGUCACUUUCCAAAGCUCUUGCCAUCUUCAUUUGUGUGAUUGGAUUGUCUUUCUUUGUUCUCCUCUUUUUCAUAACAAAAUCUAAAUUUAAAAGAUUUGAUUUCACUAAUAUUAGAAAGCUUAAACCCAUCAUUAUGUUGGGUUAAACUUCCAUUUCACCAACAUUAGCCAACCACUCUUGUUUCUCUUUACAUAUUUAAAGAUGCCUAAAAUGUUGAAGAAGGUAAUUAAUAAGGAUGUCUUUUGUGUUUUUGUCUUUGAAAUUCAAAUGUGAUUCGGAUUAUGUCAUUA